AUGGCAGAAGCUCGAUUGCUUUAUCCAAAGCUGGCCGUUUUCGGAGCCUCGGGACCGAGUGGGCAGGAAGUUGUUAAACAGGCUCUAGCAAAAGGUCAUUCAGUGACAGCAGUCGUAAGAAGCCCGGAUAAAUUCACGCUCAGGUAUUUUAAAUUGAGUCUUCGGGGGCACCUUGAUAUUAAAAUAACCGUCCAUCCGUAAAGAAAAGGUUCUGCUAAUCGUCUCAUGAUAGUUCAACAAACGUUCAUUGAGUUGAAGUAAGACUUAAUAUCACGAGUUUGACAUGUAACACAAAUGAAUGGUGACAGGCGCCUUGUGAUACAACAGCAAUGGUUGAAACGUCUUGGUCGUGCGGCUAAGUACAGCUAAGUUAAUUCCUUUAUGCAUGAACAGGGCUAGUGUAUUUUAGUUGGUUUGUUUGCUUUAAAAGCUGGUCAGAAUAUUGCGAUCCUUAUUUUGAUUUUUUCUCUAGGGUUGUCUUUUUUCCAAUCUUAAUCCAUUAGAAAAUUAGUAGCACCUUUUUUCUUGGUCUCUGAAGAAAAAAAACAUGCAAUUCUGUUUUGAGUGAUGUUUUCAACGGAUGAUUACGCUGGUCCGCCUUUAAGAGGAAUUGUCACCUUUAUUCAACCUUUAUUCAAAAUUAUCAAGACCUGCAACUCGGUACCUCUUGCUUUCCAGCAUUUUGCUAUAACUGAAAUUUGAAAUUUUUGUGGAAUUUUUGCUUUAGCCUCUUCUUUUAGGAGUAAAGAGGGUGUAAAAGGAUAAACAUCAAUCUCGUGUGGACUGUCGUGACAAAAAGACGAAUUUGCAUAUAUGGAAGCGUUUAACGAAAGAAAUGUAAAUAAUAAUUUACUAUGUACGGACAGAAGACUCUCUUUAGGAUCUGCGUAGACGCUAAUACGCAUAAUUUACUGAUGUGUAAAGUCGUCCGAUUUGUCAGUCGUCUCCACCCCCUAACCCCCCUAAUAUAACCCGUGGCCGGUUAAAGACAUUUCCGGCUAUGUACUUGUUUGAUGUAAAAAAUGGAUACGUGUUUUUGCGGUUUUUCAUCUUAAUAGACUGAUCAUGAUCACGUGCCUGUUCUUGGGCCGUAUCAGUUUGUUUACCUUUAAAGGUGACCGAGAAGUUUUAUUUUUUUUUGGUUAGUUGAUCUAAUCUAAAACAUCCAAUGUCUGGUGUUGGCCUUAUUCUGCGGUCUAAAGGCAAGGGCCAUCAGACUGAUUUUUUCUAAUGCCUGGUUCUCAUAUGCGGCGAAACUACCUGAGCCAUCGCUUCCACCUGGGAUACUGUUCCGACAAAUGAAAGGCCUGUAAUACAGCGACUCCUGGCCGGCUGUAUUAGGGUUAUAUUGCGGGCAGCUCUCCAUUUACGGCGAUCGAGUGAAGCCUGCUGCGAGAGGACGCGCGAGCCAGCGGCGAAGGUUCUCGCCCCGUAUCCGUUGGCGUGCCGCUCACGUGCGACUUGAGAGCUUGCUUGUAGGCUACAGUUUUAUGGCAGUUUAAGGUCGUUGGUGUGUAUAAACCAAUGUUAACUGAGUGACAUUAUUAAAUUUGCAGUCAUGAAAACCUAGAGGUUGUUAAGGGCGAUGUGUUCCAAGCAGAUUCCCUUAUUCCUAUUCUUGAGGGCAAGAAUGCUGUGAUGUCAUGCCUUGGAUUUCAUAGGGGAACUUUUUUCACCCCAACAACAUUGUACUCCAAGUCCAUAACGGAAAUAAUCACAGCCAUGGAAAGGUACUAACUAUUUAAUUAUCAGUGAAAUAACCUGCGUAUCAUAACCCUCCUUUCGGUAUUCAAAUGAUAUACGGAGUUCAUUUUAAUUUUUUGUAGCCAUUUAACUGUGAAACAAUUCUCUCACUGGACAAUUAUAUUUUUUCUAUUUUUAUCGGUUGCUGUUGUUGUUGUUAUUAUAACUUUAAGGGGCGAGUUUAUAAAAACUUCAGACUUUAAAUAGAUUGUAGGGUAUAUUUGUCGUCUAGCAUACUAAAAUCAGUCUCUCUCUCAGUUAGCGCUGUACAAUGUAGUACAACACAAGUUAAAUUUUCGCAUUUCUCGCCGUAAAAAUUUCAUGGCGAUUAUUUCAACUUACUAAACUGAUUAACUGGUCGCUAUCGUGAUUUCUUGAAACUCUCCGUAUUGAUAAAUCAUAUCCCACAUGUGACCCUGCAUGGGGCACGCAACGAUAGUUUCCUCCUAAAUGCAUUGAAAACACUUUUUGGAAUAUCCAGAGUACUUUUAGAUCGGCAGGAAUACAUUUCAAGUGGCACUACCAAAUAUUCAUCUGUUCGGUCAUCCUAAGACAACUUGACUUUACCGAUGAUUAGGAGAUCAUUAUUAUUUUGUCGAAAAUUUUAGAUGCUAUCUUAAGUUUUAACAAGGUGAGAAUUUUUCCGAUUUAUUCAUAUUUCCAUUAUACUUUCGAAUCCGAAGAGGUUAUUUUCCUUUUCCUGCGAACAAUAGACUAAACGUGGGGAAUAAAAUGUGAAAACAUGAAUCAAGCUUCAGAAAAUUGUAGGGAUAUAGUUAUUAUAUAUAGGUUCAAAUGUCUGGAACAGACAUCUUGAAAGCCGUUUGUUUCUCUUGACCUUGGUUCCAUAAAGCACAAAACCUUAGCCUAUUUCCGCUCCAAACAGUCUACACUCAAUCUGCACUCAAUUCCAGACCAAAAAGGGUACUUCUGUAAAAGGCGGGAAAUUUGGCGCGAAACUCACGCACCGCUGUGGCUUUUGACUGGACGUGUCAUUUUUCUCACACGUGAAAAAUCAUCGUUUGCGUUUCUGAUUGGACGUAUCAUUUUUUUUCACGCGUGAAGAAUAUCGUUGGCUUCUCUGAUUGGCUAGAACGUAUUUGCCUAUGAAAAUUUACGACAUAGCAUUUUGGUGAGUGUGGUAAUAAUAGAUAGCUUUCUGGGGGAUGCUCCGAGGAGUAGCUCUCUUGCGUAUCUCAGGUACUUUCUAACACUCUUAAGUGUUAUUUCCAGGAAUGGAAUUGAGAGACUGGUCUGUAUUACUGGAAUUUACACUCAGAACGACCCAGGCAAUCCCAGAUGGAUUACGAUGCUUAGACCGUUUAUGAGAUCCUUUAUUAACGACAUGGUUUUGAUGGAGAACACUGUUAUGCAGUCGAAUCUCAUCUACACUAUUAUGAGGCCUCCGAUCUUAACCAAUGGUAAGUGCCUUUUUGACAAGCCUCCCAUGCAGACGUUCUUGGUCUUGGUCACGCGUUCUUCUCCAACCAACAUUUGUUGGGUAGAAUAACGUGACGUCUACGUGGGAGGCUACCCUUUGACGUGAUGUUUGUUUUUAUUUGCGAUAUCUCUUCUUUAAUGAAUAUUUAGAGAGGCUGUGUCACGGCUGUCUUGUUCAAUUUGUUGAUAUUGCCGAUGACGAUUACUCGCUAUAUGGAACUUAGCGUUAGCGAAGAAAUUACUUGUAAAUGAGAAAAUCACAACUUCGCGUCAAAGAAAUAUGUCUCCCAAACAUCAUAUCAAGCGUUACAAACAACAAAAAUGAACUUUGAAAAACUUUGUAAACCAACAAGUUUUUAAAAAUCACAUUGCAAUCAAGUUGUCAUCUGUGCCGUUUUGUGUACUUGCUGUGUUAUUUAUACCAUCUUGUAAAGCUUUGAGCGGCUUUUUUCAUGUUUCACUCAAUUUGGUGAUAUUUUUUAUCGUUUGAACUUUAAGAACUGACUUUUGUGACGCAGCUUUUUUAAAUGAAUAAAGAUAUAGAUUAUUAAUGAACUGGGUAGAUAACAAUCUCAUUCAUUGGCCCUGGGUACCAUAAAAUAUAGCGACUUGGUAUUGAAUUUCUGGGUAACUGAUACGCUACUUUAGCAUCAGCAAAAGGUGCGUUCGUAUCAAUAGAAUUUCGGCUUAGAACACCUAAAACGUAACGAAAAGAGUUAACGCAACGUUUUGAUGUUGCCACGACAUCAUCAUCAAGUGACAAGAUAAAAAAAUUAGGCCGUGGUCAUUCUUUAGGGGCUUUCCAAUUGCCGAACAGUCGCGGAUCCAGGGGAGAGAGGCCCGGAGGGCCCGGGACCCGUCCCCCUUAUUUUUAGACCAAACUGAGGCCCGAAGGGCCGGAAAUUUGGGAGACCUGGCCCCCCACUUAUCUAAGGGUCUGGAUCUGGCACUGCCGAAUGACGAUGUUAAUCAAUACGUUGAUGAUAUUACUCCCUCAAAGGGGUCCUGUGAUGUAUAUAUGGUAAAAUGACGAACCUUAAACCAUGCAAUAGUUUGUAUUUUAAAGUAAAGAAAAGUUUCUUCAUUUCUUCAGGAGCUGCAACUGAUAAUUACAUGGUUGCCGAGGGCCAAUUCGUACCAAAGGCUUCUUCGUCAUUGUCGCGAGCAGAUUUAGCUCAUUUUAUGUUGAAGUCGUUGCAGUCAAAUGAAUGGGACAAGAAGGGUAUGGCGAUUGCUGGUGGGAAAUAAGACGAUGUGUGUAAAACGUUAAGAUACACUGUAGUAUUGAUGGAAAGAGGAAACGGCUAAAAUGCGUUUUAAAAAAGUUAGUGGUUAUAAACAGCCAUACAUUCACUUAUUUAACAAACGAAGAAGUAAAUGAUAAUUACAAAAAAGAUGAAAAUGGGCCAGUCCGAGUUCCAAAACCCCUUUUUUAAAUUAGGCUAAAUGCAAACCUUCCUUGUCAUAAUGACUUUUAUUUGCGUGAGAAUUUCAUUGAAAACUUCGCUCAUCCUACCCUUUUGCGAACGAGUCCUGAGAGCGUCUCUCGGAAAUGGCCCAUGAACUUGGCAAGACCUGAACAUUAGCAGCAGCCGUAGACAGCAAGAUAGCAAGAUAGUUAGAAAUACUUAAAGAUGUCCAGUAUACUCAUUAGCUUUUGCGAGGCUUAAACGNGGAGACCUGGCCCCCCACUUAUCUAAGGGUCUGGAUCUGGCACUGCCGAAUGACGAUGUUAAUCAAUACGUUGAUGAUAUUACUCCCUCAAAGGGGUCCUGUGAUGUAUAUAUGGUAAAAUGACGAACCUUAAACCAUGCAAUAGUUUGUAUUUUAAAGUAAAGAAAAGUUUCUUCAUUUCUUCAGGAGCUGCAACUGAUAAUUACAUGGUUGCCGAGGGCCAAUUCGUACCAAAGGCUUCUUCGUCAUUGUCGCGAGCAGAUUUAGCUCAUUUUAUGUUGAAGUCGUUGCAGUCAAAUGAAUGGGACAAGAAGGGUAUGGCGAUUGCUGGUGGGAAAUAA